UGGCAAGUGCUGGCACCAUCCCUGCCGCCCUGGAGGACCAGAGCUGCCUGCAUGGAGCUGCAGGCACUGCUCCGGAGCAUGGGCAGCCAGGGGAAAUCAUCAGCCAGAGCAGAGCAGGGCCCCCGGCUCAUUCAGCUGCCCCAUUUCCAGUUCAAGGAGAUCAUGAAGAGGCGCAAGCGCCAGGAUAGGCUGGGCCCAGGCACGUACAACAUCAAGGACUUCCUUCAGGAGAUGCAUCCCACCAGCAUCCGGGGGAUCUGCGACACGAGGGAUGAGCGGUUCAGAGAUGCUCACGGGGACUGCUUCCCUGGCCCUGGCACGUAUGGGAACCCCUAUAUCCUGCUUGAUGAGAGGGACAAGCGCUCUGCCAGCACAAGAGGGAUGAUGGAGAGCAGGACGGCCAAGUGUGCACCGACGGAGGCUGCGGGCAGUGGCCUGGGACCUGGCACCUACAGCCUGCGGAGCAGCAUCGGCCAGACGGUCUCAGGAGGGAGGCUGAAGCCCACCGGUGGUGGCUGUCAAGCCUUGGAGAAGCAGAAGAAAGGCUCUGAGGCGGUCGCUGUCCCUGUCAAGAGUUUCCUGGAUGAGCUGAUGUCAAAUGAGAACAAGAAGAAAGGCUGCUUCAGCACCCUGCCGAGGGACCCAGGCUGCCCCACGGAGAGGAUCUUCUGGUUCACACUCAGCCAGUGCCCGAGGAAGAAUGUGAUGGGCCCAGGCUCCUACAACCCGAAGCCCAUUGGGAAAUCAGCAUGCAACAGCCAAACCCCAUCCUGGUCAACUGCCAAGAGAUUUGACAGAAAUUUCUACCGCCUCUUUACUGGGAAUGAGAACCCUGUAGGCGCUGGUCGCUACAACAUCUCCAAGCAUGAAAAAUACCCUCAGAAGACAAGAUACCAGUCCCUGUACCAGUGUGAUGCCCAGCGGUACCUGAGCAACCUGAAGCGGGAUGCCUACUUGCUCAAGCGGCUCAAGCCUGUUGCUAAAAUCAACUGGUGUGAUUUGAUAUCUGCUCCACGUUGUCCAGAUACCUCUGAAGAAAUCACUUUUCCCAAAGCAAGAUGGUGCUGGAAAGCCCAGGUCAGUGGGUAAACAGCAGACAUGGCAACGGAGGAGACAGGGUAGAUGAAAAUGCUUACAGCAUGUUGGCAUGCAAG